CAAGCGGUUUAGCAGACUAAGUAUUUCCUAGUUCCCAAAAUUAAAUUUCCCAUCACCAAAUGACGCUGUUGGCUUUGGCUGUUUUCACGUUGCUUUCGCUGGCUGCUGGUCAGAGCAAUGUCAACGAGCAAACUGCGGGAGGAGUGGGUUCUCGUUUCGAACCGAGGCAGCAAGGACCAAUUGGUGGCCCAUUUGUAACAACAACCACCGUGACGAGUGUUCUCGAUUUCGGUCCUGCAAGUUCUAGGAUUUCAAGAUCUCGUGGCACUGAAUGGAACCAUCGCUUUGGCGAUAGAAAAUCGUACAAAAACUUUGGCGAACGAGAUAUUGACGUGAUUUUAAAUACUUGGGACAUCUUGAAGAAACGCGGUAAUUUUGCUCCGAAAUUAUUUUUGAGAUAUUUCAAAGCAAAACCUGAAUCCCAAAAAUUGUUCCCGAGCUUUGCCAACGUUCCUCUUUCGGAACUUCCAGCCAAUCGAGAUUUCCUGAAUUCGGCCUACAGCUGCAUCAAUAGUCUCAAUUUUCUCAUCCCAUACCUGAAAUACGAUCAUCCCGAACGUUGUCCUAACUUUCCUCGGCACUUGAAGAACAAGUACAACAAUGUUGAUCUUAAGAAAUUUGGAUCUAUUUGGAUGACGGCCGUACAAGAAGAGAUGGGCAACGCCUUCACCGAUGAAGUACGUGACGUUUGGAAGAAGUCUGUCAUGGCAGUGAUCGACUUUGCCUCCAAAUAAAUGAUUUGCAAGCCUAAGUGAAUAGAAGAUUUUAUUAGAGAUAGAUAGCAUUUAGCAGCUUUUGUAAAUAAGCUGAUCUUUCAAUUAUAACCACACCGUGUUGCAUGCUUUCAACCAAAUACAAAUAUUGACAAACCUA